AAUGGCGGAGCUGUCCGAUUGUGUCCUCUAAAUUCGAAUCCUGGUAUCUUCAGGGUCCAUCGAGUGCAUCUUAUCUUUCUUGGCUCGUGAGCUUUGUCAGCCUAACAUUGACCGUCGCACCAUCCACACUUUACCCAUUCAACGUCUUUGACCUUACCUCUCCCUAUCUCCCCUCCGAGCUCCUCACAAUGGCGGCUCCGUCCCGGCCGGCGGGUGCCCUCUUCCGCAACCUCGCCCGAUCAAGUCGACGAUCAUUGGCUAUCCCAUUACCAGCAAAUCGCGUUGUCACAGCUACUACCACGACAUCACGUAUUCCUCGAUGGCACUCUACCUCCUCCUCAGUCAAUCCCGAUGAGGUAUCACACUUCAAUGCUCUCGCCGCCGACUGGUGGGAUCCUCAUGGCUCUUCUCGACUACUUCAUCUCAUGAAUCCUCUACGUCAUGAUUUCAUCCGCGAAUGUCAGCGCAACGACCCCGGUGCUCCCACUCGCGACCUGAAAAUCCUCGAUAUUGGUUGUGGUGGGGGAAUCUUUGCUGAAAGUGCUGCCCGUCUACCGACUACACGCCAUGUUACUGCCAUCGAUCCAACCCCCGAAGUCCUCGCUGUAGCACGCGCGCAUGCCCGCAAAGAUCCCGGGCUUCGCUCGAAGCUUGAGUACCGCCAGACAUCCAUUGAGAACCUACCUCUACCUGCGACACCACAAGAGGCCUACGACAUCGUAUCGUUGUUCGAAGUCAUUGAGCAUAUCGAUGCUCCAGGCGCAUUCUUGGAAAAGGUGCGCCCAUUUGUCAAGCCUGGCGGAUGGCUCGUCAUGAGCACGAUUGCGCGUACCUGGAUGAGCUGGUUCACCACCAACUUUAUGGCCGAGGAUGUUCUGGGUAUUGUUCCCAAGGGAACUCACGACUGGAACAAGUAUCUCAAUGAGGAGGAGCUGAGGACCUUCCUUGCAGGUCGAGGUUGGAGUCACCCUAUGGUUCAGGGCGUGAUAUAUGUUCCCGGACUUGGGUGGAAACAGGUCAAUGGAAGUGAGAAAGUAGGCAACUACUUUUUCGCCGUACGUCGAUCUGAGGAGCCAUGAUGGACUUUGGUGUGAAUGUGUAUGAUUUAUGUUGGUGUACGAUUAUCUAAAAGUCAAAGGAAUUAAUGACAAUUGUACAA